AUGGAGAAGAAUGAAAUCUCCUACCCUGAGUGCAUGAUUCAACUUUACUUCUUUCUCCUUUUUGCUAUUUCAGAAUGUUACAUGCUGGCUGCAAUGGCAUAUGAUCGCUAUGUUGCCAUCUGUAGCCCCUUACUUUACAGUAGCAUCAUGUCCCAUCAUCAGUGCCUUUCUCUUGUUUUAGGAGUUUACAUUAUAGGCUUAGUUUGUGCAUCAGCUCAUGUAGGGUGUAUGUUUAGGAUUGAUUUCUGCAGAUAUGAUGUGAUUAACCAUUAUUUCUGUGACCUUAUUUCUAUCCUUAAACUCUCGUGCUCUAAUGCUUUUGUUAAUGAGUUGAUGAUUCUAAUUUUUAGUGGAAUUAAUAUUAUUGCCCCAACCCUGACCAUCCUCAGUUCUUAUGCUUUCAUCAUUAUCAGCAUCCUACGCAUAAAAUCCACUGAGGGUAGAUCCAAAACCUUCAGCACCUGCAGCUCCCACAUCUCAGCUGUUGCUGUCUUUUAUGGUUCUGCUGCAUUUAUGUAUCUGAACCCAUCUUCUUCCAAUUCUAUGGAUGAAGGAAAAGUGUCUUCUAUAUUUUACACCAUUAUUGUUCCCAUGCUCAACCCCCUGAUCUACAGUUUGAGGAAUAAGGAUGUCAAUAUUGCUUUGAAUAAAAUGAUACAAAGAAGAUAA